AAUGCUGGAAAACGAACUUUGUAACUCAAUCGCAAUUGUCGGGAUGGCUUGCAGAUAUCCAGGUGCGAACAAUAUUGACGAAUUCUGGUCAUUAUUGGAAAACGGAAUCGAUGGAAUUGUACGCGUCCCAGAAUGGAGGUGGACAAAAGAUAGUGCCUUUAUCAUGAUGGAUGGCGUCCGCCAAACAGAGGCUGGAUUUUUAUCUUGCCCACUGGAUAUGUUUGAUGCAAAAUUCUUUAACACGAAUCAAGCCGACUUGAGAUAUCUGGACCCGCAGCAACGUAUUGCACUUAAGGUUGUAUGGGAAGCCUUGGAGGAUGCCUGCAUUGACCCAUCAACCUUAAAGAAUACUAUCACCGGAGUAUUUGGCGGCUGGUGGCGAAAUGACUUUAAAGAAAUUCUACAGCCUGGGGGAAUUGCUGGUGCUAGUGACUUUUGAAAGAAAUUUCUAAGAGGGUUACUUGCAAAUAUUUAUGACGAGUCGGCAUCUAGGAUACAACAAAUUGAUGGCGAGCAAUUUUGGAUAGAGUACGACUCAGCUAUUGGAAUAGAGGCGCGUGAAAACAUCUUGCGCAAAUAUGUAAAACAGAUUAUACGAGUUACGUUACAAAUGAACGAAAAUGAGCAAAUUGACGACCAUGCAAAUUUUCAAGAUUUGGGAAUGGAUUCCUUGAUGAUGGUGGAAAUGAAAAAUGGAUUACAAUCAUCUGUCGGGAAGAGAGUUAAAAUAUCAAUCAAUUCAGUUAAGGAUUGCAAAACAGUUGCAGAAUUAUCCGCCCGUUUGGUGGACCUCAUUUCUGGAAAUGAAUCAAUCCCGAACCUCACCCGAUCUGAACUAAAGGAACUAGUCAUUCAAGAUGCACAAUUACCGGAUACGAUUCAAGUUGGUUACGACAUAGUAUCCACUUUGUGUCCCAUAAACGAUAUUUCGACGGUUUUAAUUACUGGGGUAACAGGUACCCUCGGCCCGUAUAUACUGCGAGAAUUACGAUACAAGUAUCCAUACAUUAAAAAAGUUUAUUGCCUUUUGAGACCAAAUUCUUUACUUUCAACCGAUGAUCGCUUCAGACGAUGUAUGCAAGCCAAAAAUAUACUCUCCAUUGAAGACUUGGAAGGUUGGGUGGAAACGAUAACAGGGGAUGUGGGAAAAGAAUUGAUAGGGAUGAAUUCUACAACCUACUCCAAAAUAUCUUCUGAAGUAGAUGCAGUACUCAAUUUAGCAGUCAACGUAACCCUUCCUGAAAGAUAUAGUAAUACGAAAAACCCGCACAGCAGCAGAAUAAUAAACGUACAAGGGUUUAAGAAUAUCCUCGAAUUUGCUGUGGCAAACAAAUUGAAAUACGUCUACCAAGUUUCGUCCAUCGGAGCCGAACAAGAAUUAGGGGAAGAUGAGAUUUACAAGGAAACGUGGCCUAAUCUAGAACAAGUUGAUCAAUUUCCCAACUCUGCUUACAUAAUUUCUAAAUUAAUAUGUGACAAUCUUGCAGAACAAGCAGUUUCUCGGGGUGUUCCUUGCAAAGUUUUCCGCAUGCCGAAUAUUUGUGGCGAUAGCCAAAUUGGUGGAAAUAUUUCUCUAGAAAACUUCCUAAUGACGCGGUUCUUGGCUUAUAUGCAUCUCGGGUAUAUGAUAGCUGAGAAAGUUCCCAUCUGCAUGAUGCCGGUCGAUCUAUGUGCGGAAUACUCGCUGAGAUUGUUCUUUAUGGAGGACACACCUUAUGAAAUGUACAACGUGAUUAAUCCAGACUUGGGUGACGAACGCGAGUUUGAUGAACUAGCUAAAGAUUUGGGAUCAAGAAGCUUGGUUGACACGAACUCCACCAUGAACGAAUACAUCAGGCAAAUCCUGGAGUACGAAGAUGACCGCAGACGGAUACUCGAGGAACCCCCGGCAUUCUAUAUGCCUUUCCUUCAGGGGAAAAAAGAUAUUACUUGGAGUAAAAAACUGGCUCAUUUUAUUCCUGACAUUUAUCCAUCCAUGAUUAUCCCGUCGUGGGACAUACUUCGUAGAGAUCUGACUUUGGCAAAAAAGAGUGGGGUAUUUGAUAAAUAUCGGAUCAAGUACACAGAUUAA